CAAAGAGAAAUCAAAUCUAGUUCAAUUUGGAAAUAUUCACACAUUGUUUCAGAUGAACAUUUCUCCUUGUCUGUCUUCUCUUUUCAGAUAAAGAAGAAGCAGCAGGAUGUGGUGAGAUUUCUGGAAGCCAACAAGAUAGAGUUUGAGGAGGUGGACAUCACAAUGUCAGAAGAACAGAGGCAGUGGAUGUACAAAAACAUCCCCCCGGAGAAGAAGCCUGCUCAGGGCAACCCUCUGCCACCUCAGAUAUUCAAUGACGACCGAUACUGUGGAGACUAUGACAGUUUUUUUGAAUCAAAGGAAAGCAACACUGUCUUUUCAUUCUUAGGCCUAAAAUCACAGUUGGCAUCAAAGGCAGAACCUUAGUGAAGACACG